AUGGCCCUCUUGAAGCUCUCUGUGCUGGCCUUCAGCUUCGUCUUUGGGGCAGCUGGCCUAACAAUGCUGACCCUUGGGCUGUGGGCUGAGAUGGCACUGGGAAGGUACCUGGCCCUGUCUGCCCAAGGGGCCCCCAGCGCACCUUCCCUCCUGCUUGCUGCCGGGGCUGCAGGGCUGCUCUGGGGAGGGCUGGCCGGUGGUGGGGCAGCCAGUGAGCACCGGGGCCUGCUCCGGGCAUCUGCGGCCAUCCAGCUGACCGCCCUGGGAGCUGGCCUCGCUGCUGGCCUUUCAGGACUGUGCUAUCAGAAUGAGCUAGCCCAGGGCUUCCGGGCAGGGCUGUGGCAGGCCCUGUGGGGUUAUGGGGCUGGAGGGAGGGAAGAUGCUAGUCUGGAUGCCCUGCAGUGGGGACUCAGGUGCUGUGGGGUGGACACCUACCGGGACUGGCUGGACACCCCCUGGGCCCGGAGUCCCCGGGCCCAGGGAAACGGUUCUCUGCCCCCCAGCUGCUGCCGAGGCCAGCCUGACUGCCAGGAAGGGGCCAGGCUUGUGGCUUCCGAUGGCUGCUUCUCCAAAGCCAGCGACUUUGUGGCAGACAACAUGGCCUUCAUUGUAGUGGCUGCUCUGGGCCUGGGGGCCCUGCAGGUAGUAGGGGUUGUGCUGGCCUGCCUUCUGGCUGCCCGAAUGGCCCCUGGGGUCCAGGCCUCUGCAGAGGCUCCACAAAACCCUUCCCUGGAGAACAGAAUCCCUGACGUCCCUGCUGUCUCCCCUGAGCCCUGAGGCCCAGCCUUCCAAGAUGGGACCCCUUCCACCCCUAUUCCCACCCCGGGCUCCAUUUCCUUUACAGACUCAUCGCACCCAGGAAAGACCCCAAUUCACU